CUUUUUUCGGAUGUCUUUCUAUUUGCGGCUUUAUUGCGGUUCGUUCGUGUUUAUCGUGUAUACUGAAAGUAAAAAAUUAUCAUAAAUCUUAUUCUUACUUUUGUUUUGAUUGCGCGUCUGCGUCUGUCAUAAAACAUUCGAAAAAUCUGCUUAAUAUUGUGAGAGAAUAUAUGGGAUGUCUAAAAGAGAUCUAAGCAUUUAUUGGUGUUAAAAUCUUUGAACAUUUCGAAAAUUUCAAACGAUUCCCUGAAUGGCCGUGAAAUAUUAAGGAGAUGCAAGUGGAAAGUAAAUACAUCCCACUGAUAUGUAGUUCCUUUUCGAAAACAUACAAGAUAACUUCAUUUGUAUUUAUAAUAAGAUCAACACAGGCUUCUCCAAAAAUAAAUUUUGGUCAAGUUCAAGAACUGAAAAACUCCAUCGUCAUUGUAAUGGCUUUGAAUGUGGAUAAAACUCUGGCCACGACAGUACAUAUAGCGCCACAUAUAACAUCACAAUCGAAUAAUUUAAACAGUGCCGUCGAAUGUAUGAACAGUCAACAACACAAACUAUCCACCUUAAAUAAACUUACCACUUUUCAGGAUGAAGAAGUUGACAAUCCUACCGAUGAUUCCGGCUUGGAUCAAGCCAGAACUGCGUCAGAUGAAUCUAAUAAGUUUGAAGAUUCUAAACAGCCUUUGGCUGUCAACAGUACAAAUUCAAAAAUCAUGUUACUUGUGGAUAGUCUAGACAAAAAAGAAGCACAAAAAUUAUCGACUUAUAAUACCGAUAGUUAUUUGGCUCCUGAGCAGGCCCUGGUUACAAGUGUAGAGUUAGUGGUCCCAGCGUCUGCGUCCCUAAUGUCCUCAUCGGAUGAGUGUAAGCCUGACGACGUUUCGGAUUUGUCUUCAUCAGAAAUCGGUACCAAGGGACAUCAUGCAGGUGAACUUUACGCUUCGAGAGGUUCGUGUGAUUCAACGAGAAUAUUUACAAACGAUAAAAACGAUGGUUGUGCAAAUAACUCCUCUAAUUUGGAUGUACGAAUUACUAAUAAUGUACCAUCUUCUAAUAUUUUGCUGCCAGAUCGGAGGGCUUCGAUAUGGACCCCACAUAAUGAGCAGUCAAGACAAAUAAACAUAGGGUCGUCGACAGAGGAGCCUCUAACUGUGAAUAGCAACCAUCUCUACCAACAACAAAAUCGCCAUUCGAAUCAAAUUGAGAAAGAAAGAUGUGAAACUACAGGAUUUCCUCAAGGUCAUCCCAUGCCAUUAAAUAUUCAUGGAACUGCUAUUCAACGACAGUAUAUGUCAGCAGAGGUUCAUCCAAUCAUUGAAGGACAGUCUCAUAUUAACUUUUAUGCACAAAUGAUGCAGCAACACCAUUCUCAAAAUCACCGUCAACACCAGAGCAAUGAAGUCCUUCCCUCCAAUACUUCCAGAAACCAACAUUCAACGUAUGCAAUCUAUGACCCUCAUUAUCAAAAUUCCACAAUGUUUGCAAACCAACAAAAUAAUCAUCAGCAAAUCCAAAACGUCCUAACGCAUCAUAAUUUAAGUUGCCACAGCGCAAUCGAUCAAUCGGAUACACUUUCCCACCCACAGCAGAUUCAACACACACAACCGCAAAUACAACCACAUCAACAUCAAAACCAACAGCAACUGCAAGAGCAUCAUCUACAACCUCUCGAACAGCAACACCAUCAACGACAACAUCAAAUUCAUGAAAAUUAUCAUGAAUUAAUAAUGGAAGAUUUUCACGAGGAGCAAAGUUCUGCCUUCAAACUAACACUCUCUCCAAACAACGUAAAACCGGAAAACCAGGAUGAUGGUUACGAAACCAGCGCCGGUGAUGUUUUGACACCAAGUUCCCAUAGUUCCUCUACCCAUUCUGUCACGCCACAGCAUCAAAUGCAACAUCUGAACGUAAAGAUUAUAUCACAAAACGUACAAAAUUUAAACAUGGUCAACGUAUCAAAUGGGAAUCAGAAAACGGUUAUUGCCUCUCAGAAACAUUUUGAAGACGUUUGCUCUGGAACCUCCAAUCACGCACCUGGCGUUGAUUCAUAUAGUUUUAUUUGUCAAGACAGUCAUAUAAAUACUGUUCCUGCAGUUGGAUCAGCUAAUUUUGUCCCUGGAUCAGUUCCGAUUUUGGCAUCAAACGGAAGCUUCGAAUGCCGAAAAGGUGAAAUAUACGAACAUCACGAUAAUCUUUUGCAAGAGUUAGGUACGGCGCAAUGCGACAUGACUUCCAAACCAGUACCCAAAAAAAGAGGUCGAAAAAAAAAACUACCUAGUGUCGGAUCAGGUGGUAUGAUGUUGGCAAAAAUAAUAUCCCAUGAGUCACACAAUAAUAUGUGUGAUGAUGUUGCUGGCGAUGUACGGACGACACAAACAGCACGAAAGGAGCGCAAGAAGCAUGACAGAUUCAACGGUAUGUCUGAGGAGGAAGUAAUUAAAAGGACUAUUCCAGACCAUCUGUGUGAUAAUCUUGAUAUCGUUAUAGUUGGAAUCAAUCCUGGACUAUUUGCUGCAUAUAAGGGCCACCAUUAUGCUGGUCCGGGGAAUCACUUUUGGAAGUGCCUUUACUUGGCAGGACUUACUCAAGAGCAGAUGAACGCGGAUGAGGAUCACAAGCUCCUUAGACAUGGAAUCGGUUUUACCAAUAUGGUAGCUCGUGCCACCAAAGGGUCUGCCGAUUUGACCAGAAAAGAAAUAAAAGAAGGAAGUCGCAUUCUCCUGGAAAAAUUACAAAGGUUUCGACCAAAAGUAGCAGUUUUCAAUGGAAAGUUGAUAUUUGAAGUAUUUUCGGGAAAAAAAGAGUUUCACUUCGGUCGUCAACCAGGUCGAGUCGAUGGUACUGACACAUACAUUUGGGUUAUGCCAUCUUCCUCAGCACGAUGCGCGCAGUUACCUCGCGCUGCCGAUAAAGUUCCAUUCUAUGCAGCCCUUAAAAAGUUUAGAGAUUUUCUAAAUGGUGUAAUACCUCACAUUGAUGAUUCGGAAUGCGUUUUUACGGAUCAACGUAUUCGCGAGCAGAAUCAAACCGAGUCCAUCGAAAAAAAAAAGCCCCUCCUUGCCAAUAAUCAAAAAACUGUUUGUUUAACGGAUAAUGGUGUGUGCAGUAGGACAUCGAGUGAUUGUGGAAAUGCUCCAUCUGGAUCAGAAAGUCAAGCCCAAUUCUCAAACGCGAAAUUUAUUCAAGUGAAGACAAACAUCGAAUCCGUCAGUAGUGCUACCACCAACAGGUCGUUUGGUACAAGUGGGGACAAUACCAUGGUAAAUAAUUCUACUUCUAAUUCUGCCGUUGGAGACAACUCGUAUUUGCCGGUAUUUAUACAGCAACAGCCACAAGAAAAGAAGAAACGUGGCCGUCCAAAAAAGAUAAAAGAUCAGGAAAUUAUUGAUCCUACUAUUAAAAAAAACAGCUUGUUAGGCCAACAGAUGCAACACCAUGAUAUUAAUAACAUUCUUAAUUUGUCGAUGAUCUCAGGUGGAGACAGUGACGUAGUUCCCAAAAAGAAACGCGGCAGGCCAAAAAAAUUAAAACCUACAAUUGAUAAUUUAAUUGGAGUGAAACAGAUAAAACAUCCAAAACCCAAUGCAAACUCUAAAUCAGUUUGCGUACCUUCAACCGCAGUGCACUCCAUUGAACAUGUGGCACUAUCACCACAAAGCAAUCAUCAAAUGACACCGAGCUUGUAUAAUACACCGCCACCCUCGCACAUACUAUAUACGGCUUCGGUUUCUCCAAUGGCCUCCCCAGCACUCAAUUGUAACUAUACUCAAGUUCACGGCCACAGAACCCCACCUGUAGGACAUUCCUCCAACGUUGCCCAGAGUACUCCGCCCAUUGAUACACAGCGGGAUCAGCCUCCACUAAAACAGACCACUCAUCAAAGUUCUCUGAAACAUGGAAUUGAGUUGCGAGAACAGUCAAACUUGGGAGAUACGUCACCACCGAGUUCACCCAACAUUUGCGUCAGUGCUGACUUUCAUGCGACUGAGAAUUCCGAAUCACAAGAGUUGCCUGGGAGUCAAAGAAAGGUGCGUCAGCAAAUCGCUCAUCAAACUGGUGAAAAUCUCCCUCAUAAUUCUGACCUACACUUAUCCCAUCAGCCGGAUAAUUAUCAGCUAUGGUCAUCACAAUCUCAAAGCCAUGAAACGACCCAGUCACUGAGGCAGUUGUCUUAUCCUCAAGAGCACUCAGACAACUGGCCUCGAUAUGAGAAUCAGAAUUCCAAUCCCUACGUGGUGAUUUCUGCCCAUCACCAGCAUUUGAGUCCACGAGUAGCAAAUGAGCAACAGCAGAUACAUUCAGUAUCCCUUGGCACAGAUAUUGCACGUAAAAGCCUGUCUGGGCUGGAGUCACUUGUGGAUCAAAUUCCUGAUAUUAGGAACCAUGAACCAUCGGGUAAUUCAGCAGCAGCAAUAGAUAGUCAUUUGGUAGGAAUGCAGCAACUCUCACCACAACAAAAACAACAUCAAGAGACUUCAGUCCAGGAAGAGUCUUGUAUACCUUCGAAUGACAAUAGAAUAAAUAACAGUUUGUCCAUUACUAGUCUAGUAACAUCCGUUUCAAAUUCAACAUUGGAAAAUGAUAGUUCUUAUAGUGGUAGUUUGCAAGCUGAUGGAAAUGGAGACACCAUAAACAAUAACUGUAGUAACACAAUGGAAUACCCCAUUCCUGGUUCUUCAGGAUACGCGCAUCAUGCUCACUUAGUGAAUACUACUCUUGGGGCAGCUAUUAAUAGUUCGGAACCAAAUCAACUUACACAUCAUCCACAUCCGCACCCGAUUUAUAUGGACCCCACACAUAUUUCGAAUCACAUGUCACAUUUGCCUCCAGUUAAUGUGAACUCCGUUUACGGGCCAACUGCGUAUGGUUCACAUCCCCAGCAUAACACUGGAGAAUAUCCAACAGCCCAUAGCCACUAUAGCCUAGGUAGUCCUGUUCCAGGAGCUGGGCCUGGCAGCACUUCAACUUUGCACAUGCCCAGUCCCAAUUAUCCGUAUGGGCACCACCCAUAUAGUCACCCCCCAUCACAAGCAAAUUAUUCAAACUAUACCCAUCCGCAUUCACACCAUAAUCACCCUGCUCAACAUAUAAGUGUUUUUGACCGAAUAAAGCCGUCCGACAUAGGUGGGUAUGGCGGAUUUUAGAUUUAUUAAGAAUACUCAGUCUCAAAAGCAUUAUAAAGCCAAUUUCUGGGAAUCGCUCAAAUUCGUUUUUGUGUCCACCGCAUCUCAGCAAUAUUUAUCAAUCUCCGGCAUUGCCGACUGUACUUUAAGAAACUUCUAGAUCUUAAAUUUACGAUAAGAUAACCAAAGACUCGGCCUAAUAUAAUCAUUUAAGCGUUAAAUAGUUUAUCUAUGGUAUUCUAAAAUACGACAACAUACGAAACAUAACGGAAAUAUCAUUAUUAAAUAUAAAUUUGAGUACUUAAUUUUUGUUGUCCAUUUGUAUUUAUCUUAUGCUAGAAUUAAUAAAAGGCAUUCAUCUUGGUUUUAUUUUUCUGUUUAUGGAGAAAAUACAAUUUAUAUUAAUAGAAUUGUCAACAUUAUUUAGCUAUCCGAAAACAAAUAUUUAGAAAGCUAUGAGUUGAAACAUCAUACUUUUAACUAUUUUCCAUUUUGCAAAAGGAAAAAAAGAGAAAUUUAAUAAAUCCUUUUGUGUUUUAACUCUUUCAAAAUCAAAUGCCUAAAUAAAA